AGACCUGAACACACAUAUAUAUCAGCACACAAGGAAUUUCAAUCGCAAAUAGCUCAGCUUUUUCAGUCACAAAUAUAUUUAAAUAAACACAGCAUAAAAAAAUGGAAAGAGCAACAGUGAUGAAGACCCUGAGAGAUAGAGAUGCAUCCUUCUCAUCAUAUCUCAGACCCGAUAAGAGUACAAUCACUUGCAGCCAACCCCAUCCUCGAGUUCUUGAAGACUCCACCUCAGAGCUUAGCAUAUUCGAUGCACACAAGUACUUCAACGAAGUAACCAUCAAUGACAACAACAUCCAAAAGGUUACCAUCAGCAGCAACAGCAGAGUCUCUCCCAUGGAAAACAUAGAACGGAUCCCAGAGAGAGGUGACGUCAUCACAGAAACCACCACCCCCACAACAACAACCAGAUACUCCUCUGCUUCAUCCUCAGUGGAUGGCUACGCCAACAUCAGAAACUCCAGAGCGCGUUCCGUCCACGCGGCUACUCCAACUGCUUCCUCAGAAGCCAGUUGGAACAGCCAAACCGGGUUGCUAUCUCAUCCCCCAGGCGCAAUCCCAGUUUCCAUGAAAAACCCUCAAAAUCAGAACCCGAACGAUCUCAACAACAAACUCAGAACAUCACUCUCCAAACCAAUUUGGCUCCUUAGGAGAAAAUCAAAAUGUCCAUGCACGGGAAAAAAAUCAGUUCAAGUCAAAGAAAUAACUCCACAACCCAAAACCAAUAUUCAAAGAGAUUACUCUCUCAAGACACAGGAUCACGGAGCUGAAAUUAACGUUCAUAAUCACAUCACACCCAACAACUGGGUUGUUGACCAAACCGCAGCAACCCUCGUCGCUGCAAAAUCACAAAGAUUCCAAAACCCUAAUACUCACAGAGUUGUGAGCUCUGUGAGAGUACCAUUCACCGAUGGCUUCACUUUCCCCGUGCUAAACCCUCACGGCUCAGUCACGAAACUCAAAGUCCCGAAUGUCGUCGUCGAGGAAGAUCCUCCUCGAGAUUCCUUGGAGGUUUUCCGACCACCGGACGACAUCGUCGAGCCGAAGCCGCUCAACUUCCCAUUCCCGCCGAAGUCGCUCGCCGUCGUCGUAGACGACGACGCUGCGAGCGACGCGAGCUCCGAUCUGUUCGAGAUCGAGAGCUUCUCCACCGCCACGCAAUCAACUUACCCCGCCGUCUACCGCCGCAACAGCAGAGACUCCAUGGACGAAGGAUCAACAACUCCGACGAUAACGGAGUGUUACGAGCCGAGCGAGGCGAGCAUCGAGUGGAGCGUGACGACCGUGGAAGGACACGACGACGCGGCCUCAGGCGUUGGCGUGGGCGGCGUUGCGGCGGAGGAGAAGUGGAAACGGAGAGGGGGAAACGGUUUGCUGGUGAGUUGUCGGUGUGAGAAGGCGGUUAGUGUGGGGCCACAACCGGUGAAAUGUGGAUCAGAGGGACAGAGAGGUGCCACGUCAUCAACGCAUGUGAAUUUGAUUGUGAACGGUAACAGUCUUAGUAGUAGUAGUAGUAGUAGGAUCGGGUGUGUAAACAAGGCACCUCUUUCGAGGCCUCACCGCAACGCACCUCGCGUGUCGCAUGCUUUCGCGACAUAG